GCUCAACAAAAUGGCACGAAUUCAAUCUCAGAAAUCAUUUUACCAAGCGAACCAGGAUCCUAAGCUUCAGAAAAAAAAUGCGAUAGUGCACAGUGAAAUUGAUGCGAAGAUCGCUAAGUCAAGUUUGCGUUUUCUCAAGGUCUACCAUGCUCUUCCUCUGCUCCAUAAAUUCAUGUCGGAUAAUAUUUGAUUUGCGAUCUGUAUUCUAUCUUGCGCAGCGACCAUUUGUUUCCUCUGUAACUGAUGUUGUAGCUUCAGUGUCAGCUGCUCUAGACAGAUUGGAGAAAAAUAUGCUACUAUUUUUCGAUAGGUUUGCUAGUUACCGUCGCGACCAGAAAGUUGGCACAGAAUUUAGAAGAUGAAGUGAAUAUUACUUUGCCGUAAAUGAAAAUUCUCGCCCAGAAUUUUGAUUUCCACGAUAUGAAGCGUUCCAAGAAGUAUUGAGCAGAAACAAGACCGCCCACGCCUACUCCAAGAGCUGUGCUCCAUACUACGUAUCAGCUGCGGGGCGUCGAGGACCUCGUCUGACAGGAAAAGAUGAACAAGCGACAGCGCCGGCACAGUGAGGAAAAUGAGCGGGGGGAGGAGCAGCAGACUACUGGGUUAAAAAGAAUAAAGAAAUACGUUGGGGAGGUCGGAGAAGCCUUCUGGAAAUUGUUGAAAGGUAUAACUUUGGGCAUAGAAGAAGAUUCUUAAAAAAAAAAUCAUUCUUGCGGUAAUAUGGAAAAUUCAAACUCUUCGAAUGUUAGUGCCUUUUACAUACUGUCUUGAAGCAGACGCGCGGUGCGUGUUUCAAGAUAGAGCGAGAAGCUGGAGACCAUUGAUGAAAAAAAACACAGGUGAGUCGGAUUCUCCCAGCAACGCGGGGCAGCAGCAGCAGCAUCCGGGAGGUGCUUUUGGUUACAACCCCUACAGCGCAGCUUCUUCUAAUAUUCCGGAUUACCGGUUUAACUAUUCCCGGGACACUCUUCCCUCGUCCAGCUUCGGAGUGUUUGGUCAGCACCAGCAACUUUCAGGACCACAUCAGUACGGCGCUCGAUAUAAUGCGUCAAACGAGGGCCUCUACGUUGACUCAUCUAGUGGGGCGACAGGUUACUUUGGUGGCGCUUACAACGGUGCUUAUUGUUCCAACAUCCCAUCAGGUGGAGGACCUAACGCUGCUGCCUCCCGCGGUUCGUCUUCCCGGCGCCCCGAGCUCUUCGUCCCCGAUGAGCGAACCAACGAAAACCGAUACAAGAAGCAACCCAAAAGAACUGCAGCCGCGCGGACAACUGAAGAGGACGCCGAGCAGUCGAACCUGGAAAUGGUCCCGAACGAUGCGAUCCUGGGCUUCCAAGAGGACGGCCGGCCGAUUUUCGCGGGGGACGCGAGAGCAGUGUUUGAAAAGCAGGAUAUCAAGUUCCGCCAGCACCAGCUGCAGCAGCGAAAGCCGAUGACGAGCAAGGAGCGGGAACGGGGGACGUUUUUGUAUCCGCAAUUCGCGGGCGUGAAGGACAUGCGGCUGGCCGGGGUGCACGAGCAGAAUGCGUACGCCGCGCGCGACCUGGCCGUGUGGCGGUCGAAUCCCUUCCUGCAGCCGAAAGAGGUGAACCUGUUUCGCCCGGACUGGCAACAGGAGUACGCCGCGCCGAAGAGCUGCUUGCGGGAGCUUUUGAGCAAGGAGGAGCGGGAGAAGAAUUUGAAGAACAAAGAGCAUUGGAUGAACUACAGAUCCAGUAUUGAAGAUUAAACACUUGAUGAACUACACCUUCGUUUUGUUGUGAUUUUUUUAAUCGGAAUGAUUGCUCUAAAUUUUUCACUGUUUCUGCGAGCAGGGAAGUUUUUUUUAUCCGUUCAUGAUUGAACAACGAUGGAGGCAAUUGGAUUCUGAAACAAGAAUCGCGCAUAACAACGCAUAUGAUUACACACUCUAUAACAGCUGCCGUGAAAGGCCCGCACGAUCCCCGGCUGAACCGGCUUCAUUUCCCCCAGCACUUCGUGAUGCAGCACUACCACCCCGUGCAGCCUCUGUUUUCCGAAGCCUACAAAAACCGGGACAGAAGACAGCCCUGGCCAGUCGGCUCCCAGCACUUAUUCCACCCGUUCGGAGCGCCCUCGUCUCACCCGUUCGCCCACGCCGUCGCGCCGCCGCAGGCGAUUGAAGUAUACUUCUGAUUGUUGAACGAGGAUAUGCGGAAUGAAGUCGACAUUCUUAGUUUAUACCACUAUUGGGUCGUGAAAAGCUUGUACAGAAAAUUUUUACAGUAGCAGACUUGUCCACCUUCCACCCAAACUCAGGACCGGCGGCGUUCUUCUGGCGGUGCAUCGUCCAGUAAUUUCAUGUCUCCGGACUACGAGCUUGAGAGCCCGGACCAGGAAGGCAAUUCGUCGCUAGAAAUCGGCGCGGCGAACAAUUACCGUGGUGGUCAACAUCAGCCCAGCGCGAAGUACCGUAAGGUGGUACAGCAAGAAGGCAGAAAAAGCGACGAAAAGAUGAAGGAGAAUAACACGUCGACCCUUUCCUCCAAAAUAUUAAACCCCGCCUCUAGUCCAAAGGGUCGCGCUGGGUCGUCUUCCCGCCGAGGAGGAAAGCUGCAUCGGGAUGAACAAGAAAGCACCGCGCGCGUGCCCUCGGAGCCCAAACGGAUCACUUUCGGGGCGAACAAGAGGAAGAUCAACAGCAGCCGGUACGGGAAAUUGACAAAGCAGGACGUGUUGAACAGCCUCUGGGAGCAAGACAACGAGACGUCGCUGGAUGGGGGAAUUGCUGAUAGUCAUGACGUACAAUUGGACCCCGAGAAGAAGAAAAAGGACGAGGAGCUGAGAACACUCUACGGCAUCACCGAGAAGAAGGAACUUGUCAGCAAGAAAUCCAUGCUUCCACCCAUGGGACCGCCGAUAAAGAAGCACUCCUUUGCGUCGAAGGAUGGAGGUGCUGUGGGCAGCGCCGGUGCAAAGGCCGGAAAGGAUAGCAUUUUUGGAGCAGCUGCACCAGAGAAAAUAAAAGACGGAGCAUCUACUGGAGGUGAUACUGCAACUACGGUUGUCAAGGACUUUAAGCAAAUGCAGCACCGAAUCAAUCCCCCCACCGGACGAGAAAAAAAAAGUGUUGGUCGUUGGCCAAUCCUUGACACGACUACAACCCCGAAGGAUGUUGAUGCGAAGGAGGAUCAUGAGGUGAAGAAGUCGCCGAUUUUUGGCAGUUCCAAAGUCGACCAGAAGCCAAAGACCUCGAUCACCAACAUUUUCGGUGCGGAUGUCGUGUCAAAAGCGGAAGAGGAGGACGCGAACAAGAAAGCGAAAACUACCACAGGAGCAGACAGCAAGGACCAACCUGAGGGGAACGAGAAGAAGCCCGGCGCAGCUGGGAUGACCAAUGCUUCCUCGAACAGCAUUUUCGGCUCCGCAAGUGCGUUCUCGUUGUCCGCGUCGAAACCGGCGAGCAACCCCUUUUUGGCGAAAUUCAAGGAGCAAAAUAAAGACAGUUCUGCGAACAUGUUUGCCUCCGGGGCCGCUGGAGAUCAUGCCGCAAAAGAGCAGAAAACGGAAAUAAGUGCGGCGGAAAAUAGCAGCUCUGGUGAGAACAAAACGCAACCUGCUCCUGGUGGUAUCUUCGGCAGUGGAGAGGGUUUGUCAAAGUCUAAGAGUAUCUUCGGUGGUGGUGCAGCAACGGGUGCACAGAAAGAAGGCGACCCCGCGACGUCGGCAAAUAGUACAACCGGAAACAGCAUUUUCGGUAGCUCGACCGACAAGGCUGCCGGUAUUUUUGGCAGCGGCGGAGGCGGUGCACCAGCAGCAGAACAGCCGAAGGCAGGCAGCAUUUUCGGAGGUGCACCAGGGGGCGCAGCUACUGCAUCUUCAGGAGAGAUGACCUCUAAGGCUGGUGGAGCAGCUGCGUCAAUUUUUGGCGGUGCUGCACCGGCGGCAGAACCUUCCAAGGGCGGGAGCAUUUUUGGCGGUCCGGCUGCGGCACCCGACGGUUCCAAAUCUAGCAUUUUCGGCGCACCUGCGCCCGCCGCAGACCAGCAAGCCAAAGCUGGAUCAUCUUCGAACAUUUUCGGGGCGCCAGCUGCAGACUCAAAAGCGAGCAGCAUUUUCGGAGGGACCGCAGCUCCUGCGGAAGCUAAACCCACGGGGGGGAUUUUCGGCUCUACCUCUGGACCAGAGGCUAAGACCGGAAGCAGCAUUUUUGGCGCUGCAGCUCCCGCUAGUGAGAAUGCAGCUAAGCCAGCAGCCGCUUCAAAUACGACGAGCCUCUUCGGUGCACCUGCUGACGCGAAGCAAGCUAGCAUUUUUGGUUCAGCGCCAGCUACCGCCCCUGCUGGUACAGAAGCGAAGGCAUCCAGUAUUUUUGGUGGAGGUUUAGCACCAGCGCAACCACCAGCGGAAUCAAAGGCAAGCAGUAUUUUUGGUGGUGGGUUGCAAACGGACUCCAAGCAAACGACAGGUAGUAUUUUUGGGGCAGCAGCAGCAGCUGCUGCUCCUGCAGCGACCUCCCAGGACUCGAAGCAAAGCAUUUUCGGCGGCGGAGGUGCACCAGCGUCUGCGACAGCGACCCCCGCCUUCGGCGCUGCUAGUAGUGCCGGUGCCGCACCCGCUGCUGCAGGCGGUGGUAUUUUCGGCAGUGGAGCUCCCGCCUCGACCAGUGCGGGAAACUCGAUUUUUGGCGGCGGAGCAAACACCACGUCGCAGCCAACCUCGAGUGCUGGCGGCAUUUUUGGUGCCGCAGGAGCUGCAACCAGUACAGGAGCGGGCAGCAACGCCAGCAUCUUUGGAGGGGGUGCAGCUGCACCAGCGUCGACCACCACCGCAGCAGCUACUUCCGGUAGUAGUAUCUUUGGCGGAGUAGGUGGAGCAGCACCCGCGGCAGCAACGAGCACUGGUGGCAUUUUCGGGGCCACGGCAGCCGCACCUGGUCCGUUCGGCGGCACCACGACCACCAGCGCAGGGGGGGCGUUCGGCGGUGGUGCAACGACGGGAGCAGCACCAGCGACAAAUGUUUUCGGCGCCCCGGCGCAGCCGAACAACAAUUCAAGUGGUAUUUUCGGCAGUGCGAACACUAAUAAUCCUGCUGGCGGCGGCGGGGGUGUUUUCGGGGGUGCGUUUGGCGGGGGGAACGCAGCGGGAAACAAUGCAGCG